GGGAAUCGCAAGUACUCCCUCGGUAAGAACAUUACAAUGUCCGCUUCUAGGCAAAACCGAAAUAUUUCGGCCCUAAGCCAUAGAGUAAAGGCUGGCCUCUAUGAUUUGAAAGGCCACCUAGAGUGGGAGGAUUGGGGUGUACGAUUAUCAACCCGACCCGGUGCAAUUGAGGAUAUUAUAGACAGAUACUCACUGUGGACUGGGAACCUGGGAGCCCUCCAUUCACCCAAAAGCAAGUUGUCCUUGGAUCAACGCCUGACGAAUGCCCCUGAGGUUCGGGACCAAAUUUGUGAAUUUCUCGACGAUCUUCAAGAAGCUGUUGACGAUUUGACAGAAAUUACCCUGCAAGAGCUUUAUGCUGGCGACGAGACUGAUUUGAUAGAGGAUGGAUGGGAAGCCGAUAUUGAUAAUGCUCUUGCUCCCGACUUACUUGCCUCGGACGAAGCUAAAAGCAUCAUCGAGGUUAUAUCUCAGUGCGUGCGGUCGCUGUUCAGAGUGGGCGUCCUUAUCCGUCGAGAAGGACAUUCAGAUCGAUUCCAACGAGCUCUGCAACAUUCGGAUUGCACAUUCCCGACAUGGGUAGAUAUUGGCCACGUUCGAAACAAAUACCCGAAAUUAUGCAAGCCUGAAGCGGGGCAAUUAGCAGAACGGGUAGGAAAUGCAAACGCAAAAAGACGACAAUACGUUAAAUAUUGCCGCGAUCACCAAUCUAGGCUGGCAUAUUUGCCCGAUAACGACAACGACGAUACGAAUACUGCGAUUGAGUCAAGUAAGGCUACUACUUUCUUUCCUGACAGUUUCGACCGAUCUACACAAUCGGAGUUGAAUAUAACAGAGGAAGAAGACAACAUAUCACUGUCGACCGCGACGACAUUAGAAUCAUCCACGAGGGUCGAGCUUCCGAGCUUACAAGACCUAAGCCCCGAUUCAGAGCCAUUUGAGUGUCCGAUAUGUUUCACUCUUCAAUCCUUCCGAAUAGAGAAGGCUUGGAGGUCACAUGCUUUUCGCGAUCUCAAAGCCUACAUCUGCACGGUAGGAGGAACGAAAUGCAAAGAUGAGCUAUUUGGCACCCGUGACGCUUGGUUCUACCAUGAGUUACAAUCUCACCGGUCGAAGUACACAUGUCUUUUGUGUGAUGAGUGUCGAAAGUAGAGAUACUUUGGCAUCUCAUAUAAAGUCAACCCAUCAACAUUAUACGGCCGAGCAAACCUCAGUGUUGAUCGAUGCAGGAAGGGUAGCGCUGAGCCGUUUCAAAGCCUCGGAUUGUCCAUUUUGCGAUGAG